AUGACGGAUACGACAACUCAAAAACGUGCUAAUUUUUCCGCUUUAAAUUCUAAUUCGAAUGGAGUAAACAAAAAUUCUAAUAGUUUACUUGUUUCAAAACCCGGAUCAGCCAAAAAGCUGAUUAUAAAAAAUUUUAAAGAAACUCCCAAACUUCCAGAAAAUUACCAAGAGAAAACAUGGGAAAAAUUAAAGGAAGCAGUUAUCGCAAUACAAAGUUCAAAAUUUAUUCAAUAUAGCCUAGAAGAAUUAUACCAAGCAGUUGAAAAUAUGUGCAACCAUAAAAUGGCUUCUACUCUUUAUGACAAUUUAUCUGAACUUACCGAGCAACACAUAAAAAAAAAUAUCGAAGAAUUUUUGCAAGAAAAUAUGGAUAAAGAGUUAUGCCUUAAAAGAAUGAAUCAUUGCUGGGAGUCACAUUGUCAGCAAAUGAUAAUGAUAAGAAGCAUUUUUCUAUAUCUAGAUAGAACUUAUGUCUUACAAAAUCCUUCAAUUUUUUCAAUAUGGGACAUGGGACUAGAACUAUUCAGAAGACAUAUUAUAUCAAAUCCUGUCGUACAAAAUCGUACCGUUGAUGGAUUACUCAUGCUAAUUGAACAAGAAAGGCAGGGAGAUGCUGUCGAUAGAACAUUGCUCAAAAGUUUAUUAAGAAUGUUGACUGAUCUUCAAAUAUAUCAAGAAGCAUUUGAAGCUAAAUUUCUCAUAGCCACAGAAAGACUUUAUUCUGCUGAGGGGCAAAAAUUAAUAAACGAGCAAGAAGUCUCAGUUUAUUUGGGUCAUGUAGAUAAAAGACUGUUUGAAGAAAACGAAAGGUUAUUGUAUUAUUUAGAUUCCUCUACAAAAUGGCCACUCAUUCAUACAGUAGAAAAACAACUAUUAAGUGAACAUUUGUCAACGAUUCUUCAUAAAGGUUUAGAAAAUUUAUUAGAAGAAAAUCGAAUACCUGAAUUAACAUUAUUAUAUGAUCUGCUUACAAGAGUCAAAAAUGGCUUAGUCGAACUAUGUAUUAAUUUUAAUACUUAUAUUAAGAAAAAGGGUAAAACAAUUGUGAUAAUACCGGAAAAGGACAGGACUAUGGUUCAAGAAUUAUUAGAUUUUAAGGAUAAAAUGGAUUUUAUCGUGUCUAAUUGUUUUCAAAAAAAUGAAAAAUUUUCAAAUUCGUUAAAAGAAGCUUUUGAAUAUUUUAUUAAUCAGAGAGCUAACAAACCCGCGGAAUUAAUCGCAAAAUUUGUCGAUUCGAAGCUUAGGGCCGGAAAUAAAGAAUGGACGGAAGAAGAAUUGGAAAGAUUAUUGGAUAAAAUAAUGGUACUUUUUAGAUUUAUUCACGGUAAAGACGUCUUCGAAGCCUUUUACAAAAAGGAUCUUGCCAAAAGACUUUUGGUGGGAAAAUCCGCUAGUGUGGAUGCUGAGAAAAGUAUGUUGUCGAAAUUGAAACAAGAAUGCGGUGGAGGAUUCACGUCCAAACUUGAGGGAAUGUUCAAGGAUAUGGAAUUGAAUAGAGAUAUUAAUAUAGCAUUUAAACAAUAUAUGGGAAAUUUGAAAAAUUCAAAUUUAAGCGGGAUCGAUUUGACGGUGAAUAUACUGACAAUGGGAUACUGGCCUAAUUACCCGUUGCUACAAGUUAAUCUUCCCGUAGAAAUGAUAGAAUAUCAAAACGUUUUUAAUAAAUUUUAUUUACUAAAACACAGCGGUAGAAAAUUACAAUGGCAACCGACUUUGGGUCACUGCGUUUUAAAAGCCACAUUUGAUCAGAGUUCGCAAGGGAAAAAAGAACUUCAAGUGUCUUUGUUUCAAGCUCUUGUUUUAUUAUUAUUUAACGAGUCAAAUGAAAUUUCUUUAGAGGAUAUACGAACUGCGACAUCCAUCGAAGAUACGGAAUUAAGAAGAACGCUCCAGUCAUUGGCAUGCGGGAAAGUUCGAGUUUUACAAAAGAAUCCACGUGGGAGAGACGUCGAAGACGAUGAUAAAUUUACAUUUAAUAAUGAUUUUUCAAAUAAAUUAUUUAGAAUAAAAAUUAAUCAAAUUCAAAUGAAAGAAACGAACGAAGAACAAAAAGCCACGGAGGAAAGAGUUUUCCAAGAUAGACAAUAUCAAAUAGAUGCGGCGAUACCUGCCGAUUUGAAAAAAAGGAUAGAAUCAUUAAUCGAUCGAGAUUACAUGGAAAGGGAUAAAGAUUAUCCAAAUCAAUAUAGUUACGUAGCUUGA